UCUGACAUUAACUUUUGUUUUGGACAUUGAAUAAAAUUAAGUUUAUAAAUACAUUGAUCACUUACUCCAGUAAACCAUUUUAAUUUUAUAAAACGUUUGUUACUAUUAAAACAUUUAAUGACAUUUACGAAUAUAUUAGUCAUAGUAUUAAUAUAGAAAAUCAGAAUGAAAUACGAGAAUGUAUUAGUGAAAUUGAAAAAGUUCGAGAUAAUGCUGAAGAAAUAAAACGAGAAUAUUUUGAAGUUGACACAAUAGUAGAUAUUAUGUUUUCAAUUCUUAAAAAAUAUUCUCUAAAUUUGUUAUCUUAUCAAGAAAAACUUAGUGAAAAUCUUGAAUAUUUUGAAGAUAGAUUACAUCAUGCAAUACUUUUAAAUAUUGAAAAAAUAAGUAAUUUAAUUAGUCAAGAGAAAUAUCCUACUUGUGCAACACAAUUAGAUGCGAUUUUGAAAUUGUCUCAUCCGAACUCAGAUAAUUAUUCGCGUUCGUCUUAUUAUAUCGAAUUUAUAAAUUUUUUUAAAAAUCAUCUUGAAAAUGAAAAAAUGUUUUCCAAUAGAGAAGAAUUACUUUCAAUAUGUAAAAAUCUUGAACAAAUAUUUAAAAAUGAAAAAACUGAAGAUAUUCCAGUUAUAAAUCGAGCUGAUAAAAGUUUAAAUGUAAUUUUAGAUUUUAUCGAAACAUUUUCAAAAACAGGAAAUUCGUUAAAAGAAUUUCAUCAAUCUUUAAAUGUCUUUUAUCAUAUUGUUAUGAGCUAUUAG